ACAGAUGGAUCCAGUGACACAGAACAACCAGAGAGAUGUCCUCUUUAUCGCAGGGAGUCACCUCAGGAAGAUGAUAGCCCCCUUCUGGAUCAGGAUGAAGAACCAAUGUAUAUAAAAGUAGAAGUGAAAGAUGAAGAUGAGGAGACGGAUGAUCACCAGUCUGGGGAAGAGGGUGAGAGGAUGGUGACACCGACAAAAGGUAGGAGUGGUGUCCAGAAUUCCUCGGAGAGACCAAUGGAUCGCUCUCACACUGUCGUCAAAGUAAUCCAUCCGAGACUUCGUAGCGCCUCAGAUCCGUCCAAUCCGGAGCGUCCUUUUCCAUGUUCGCAGUGCGAGAAAAGUUUCACUCGAAAACACCACCUUCUUAGGCACCAGAAAAGUCACACGGGUGAACGUCCCUUUCAGUGUUCAGACUGUGGGAGAAGUUUCACUCACAAAGGAGAUCUCCUUAGACACCAGAAGAUUCACAUGGGUGAGCGCCCCUUUUCCUGUGCGGAGUGCGGGAAAUCUUACGUACAGAAAGUAAACCUUCUUAGACAUCAGAAGAGACACACCGGCAAACGUCCUUUUUCAUGUUCAGAGUGCGGGAAAUGUUUUAUAGAGAAAGCGGACCUUCUCAGACACCAGGGAAGCCACACUGGCGAUCACCCUUUUUCAUGUUCAGAGUGCGGGAAGUGUUUCCCUUGGAAAACAGACUUUAUUAGACACCAGAGAAUUCACACUGGAGAACGUCCAUUCCCAUGUCCAGACUGCGGGAAGUGUUUCAUUCGGAAGGCAGACCUGAUUACCCACCAAAGAAGUCACACGGGCGAGCGUCCUUUUCCGUGUACAGAGUGCGGGAAAGGCUUCAUUCAGAAAGGAGAUCUUCUUAGACACCAGAAGAUUCACACCGGGGAGCACCCCUAUUCUUGCGCAGAAUGCGGGAAAUCUUACGUUCAGAAAGUACACCUUCUCGUACACCAGAGGAGUCACACGGGCGAGCGUCCUUUUUCCUGCCAAGAGUGCGGGAAAUGUUUUGCGGAGAUAGGACUCCUUCAUAGACAUCAGAUCAUUCACACUGGCGAGCGUCCUUUUUCUUGUACGGAGUGCGGGAAAAGCUUUAAUCAAAAAGGAAUCCUUAUUAGACACCUGAGAGUCCACAAAGACAAAUGA